AGUACAUUAUCUAAUGCUGAAAACGCUUUCUUGAUUAUUCUCAUUAGCUGAUCAUCCCCAUGACCAACAAAUUUGCAGCUACUAAAGCUGCCCUCUUUUCCUCCCUUAUUUCUUGGUUUCUUCAGCUUCUAAUUCUUGCUCAAAAUGAAGCAUAGUGCAGAGGGUUGGCAAGAGUUUUUGUUUCUUGGCUUUUUGCUGCAUAUCCUGAGGACUGGUUCAUCGAAGACAUGGGUUUUUAUUUUAAGGCUUGACCCUUUUUCUGGGACUUCAUCAAGAUCUGCUUUUGUCCCUUUGGUUCAGUCUUCUUGCUCAAAGGCAUAGCUAAACAGAAAUUUUUCUCGGCUGCAGAGUUGCUUGCAGGACGUAUCUUGUAAAUUUAUUCACAUGACAAUUGACUCUUCAAGGACCGGUCCAUGGACUUAACAUCAUUAAGAUGCCUUAUUAACAGUAUUUCUCGAUUCAGUCAUCUGGUGACAUGCCGUGUAUCAAAGAUAAUGCCAGCUGAGGAGGAUCACAGAAGUAUAGCUUCUCUCUUGAAGCAUUUAAAACUAGUACUUGAUGAUGUUGCUGAUCACAAAGCACCUCCCAAUGAAGCUUUAAUUAAAGAGUGUAAAAAGCUCGAUGUAGCUGUGAAUGACCUAAAGAAAUUCAUCGAGAAAUGGUUUCCAAGAAAGAGCAAGAUUCUUUGUGUACUUCAGCGUAAGCCAUUACUCCUGAAAAUUCAAGUAUCCUCAGUCAAACUGGCUUGCAUUUUGUGCAGGCUAUUUGAGUCAUCACCGGGUGGUCUGAGUCUAUCUAAUGCUCAGAUCUGUAGGCAGGAGUCUCAAAAUCUAAAGCUAGGAGAACUAUCAGGAUGCAUAGGAGAGAUUCUUGAAAUACAAAAAGAAGGGAGAACGCCUGAUGAUGGACGUCUUAUGUUAAUAGUUGAGUCCCUUAACUUGAGAUCAAAACAAGAACUCUUGAGUGAGUUUAUUGCAAUAAAAAAGGAGAGACAGAAAGCUGAGUACAGCAAAAUAACAGGGGAUUUAGAUCAAAUUUCCCAAACUGUUGAUCUGAUAUCUCGUAUUCGUGAUUGCAUGGUUAAGCUUGAGAACUUUAUAGCCAGAAAUGGUUUGCAGAUUCCUCCAUAUUUCCGCUGUCCAUUAUCUUUGGAACUCAUGUUGGAUCCUGUAAUUGUCGCUUCUGGCCAAACUUACGAGGGGACUGCCAUUCGGAAGUGGUUGGAUCAUGGACUGGUGACAUGUCCCAAAACUGAUUUGUGCUCAGUCCAAAGACAUUCUGAGCACAUGAAUUGUUUAGAUGAUCUUCAAUAUCCUCCACAACUGAGAAGUUCAACAUCCAUACCAUCACUUGAAGAUGGGCAUGGUUUCGAGACUCUGUACGUCGAUGUUUCUCCUCGACUUAAUGAAGAAGGUUAUUGUCUUUUCAGGGAAAAAUGUCAUCAGCAAUCCUCUGAACUUUCAUAUGUACAUAGCAGGAGUGAAUCAGCAUCGACUGCAAUCACCAGCAUUGAUUAUCUCCCAGUGGCAUCAACUGAAAUUUCCAGAACAUCCAGUAAGCAGGAUGAUGCUAGUAAUAGAUCAGGGGCUAUAACAACAUUUUACUCUCCUUCAAACAAAAUUCCAUCUUCAGGGGAACACCAUAACAGCAGCAAAACAAUGGCUGAAAUAGUUAAGAAUGGUAGCCGUAGGCCAUCUAGAACACUUUCGUCUCCAUCUGAGUUUGGGUCUACCAAUUUGGCUAGUACUUCAGAUGUGGACAAACUCAUUGAAGACUUGAAGAGUUCAUCAACUGAGCUGCAAAGCACUGCUGCUAGAGAAAUACGGUUUCUUGCAAAAUAUAAUAUGGAAAAUCGCUUCAUUAUAGGCCAGUGUGGGGCUAUUUCCCCAUUAACCUCUCUGUUGUACUCAGAUGUCGAGCUGAUCCAAGAGCAUGCAGUCACAGCCCUUCUAAAUUUAUCAAUCAAUGAAAAAAUCAAGGCUAGAAUUGGAGCAGAAGGUGCUGUAGAACCACUUAUCCAUGUCUUGAGAAUUGGAAAUGCAGUGGCCAGAGAGAAUGCUGCAGCUGCUCUUUUUAGCCUCUCACUUCUGGGUGAGUACAGGAUAAAAAUAGGUCGAUCAGGUGCUGUUAAACCUUUGGUUGAUCUUUUACAAUCAGGUACCCUCAGAGGACUGAAGGACGCUGCCACUGCCUUAUUUAACCUAUCAAUAUUUCAAGAAAAUAAGGCUCGUAUAGUUCAAGCUGGAGCAAUUAAGUACUUGGUUCGAUUAAUGGACCCUGCAUCAGAAAUGAUUGACAAAGCUGUCGCACUUCUUGCAAAUUUGUCUACUAUCACAGAAGGAUGCUCCGCUAUUGCCCGAGGGGGCAUACCAUUACUUGUCGAGAUUGUCGAGACAGGAUCUCAAAGAGGAAAAGAAAAUGCUGCCUCGAUACUGUUGCAGCUGUGCAUCAACAGUCCCAGAUAUUGUCGGAGUAUUCUGCAAGAAGGAGUUGUUCCCCCUCUCGUCACAUUGUCUCUCUCUGGCACUCCCAGAGCUAAGGAAAAGGCUCAACAGCUUCUUAGUCACUUCCGCAGCCAGCGUAAGAGUGCGGUCGUGAGAGGAAGAUCAUGAAAGGCAACAAUAAUUUAUCCAUUAACGCUUUCUUUUCUGCAUCUUAUGGCUAUCAUAGGUAAAAGAUUUUGUCCAGAGACAUUGCUUCUGAAUGGAUUAUUACCUUAUGAUCACUCAUAUAUCCGUUGCAACCAUAUCGUCUGACAUGCAUAUAGAAUUAGACCUUUUUGUCUGACUGCACCAAAUGCAAGUAGUCCUGUACAGAGGUUUGUAUAAAUGCUUAAUCUCAUGGACGGCAUUUUCUCUAGUUUCAAAAUAUGCCCAUACGUCGAUAGUUUGAAUCAUCACAAGGAUAAUUAACUGCUAAAACCGUUGCUGCAUCUUUAGACUAUCAUGGGAAACUUUUGGAUCAUUUCUCACUGAAGCUGUCAACAAUUUCCAGCUAUCAAGAUCAAGAAAAUUAUAGGGUUCAUAUCAGACUCAUAUCUAUCUUGAUAUCUGAAUCGUAAGCUGGAUUUCUUCUUCUCUCUACUGAUAGAUCACACUGUCUCUUGAAAUUGCUAAAGCGUGUUAGGUGAUCUAGAUUUUCACAUAUGCUGGAACACUAUUGUGAAAACACUCAGAUGUUUCGUUCCGGAUCUUCUGCUGUAAUUUUGAACGAUGAUCAAUCGUUGUACCAUGUAAGAUCAUUGGAAUGUUAGAUUUAUUACCAGAAUACAAUGC